AUGGAGCCCUCAACGUCAGGAUCCGCUUCAACCUCUCAGCCUACAAGGUCUCCACUCCAGCCGGCACGCAAUACACCCUUCGUUGACGAUCUUGCCGUCAACACAGACCGAACCGGCGCUAUGCUCAACGCCACAUUCGACCGAUCUGCUCUACUUGCGACUUUGCCGACACUUGAUCCGCCGCACUUCCUGGCACCCGCGAUCGCUACGGCAGCACGUUGCACAACGAAACAUCUAUCCAUCGUACUGUACUCGCGCCAUUUCAACUCUGGAGCUUCAGCAGCGCGCAAGCGCUCUCAGAGCGUGUCAUCCCGACAUUCGCGUCGAUCCCAGGGCAGCGUGUCCAGCAUCUCGAGCAUGGACACACCCACCUCCCGCGUAGCGUUGUGGGAUGACAUACAGCGCUUGCUCACGUAUGUCUAUGUUGCGGCUACGCGCGUCGCCCAAGAGCUCGACCGAAUACUGCUAGAUGUGGACGUCCUGCUAAAGGGCUUGGACGACGAGCUACCCGAAGGAUUCGGAAAGGACAUGCAGAUCAUGUUCAGGAUACAAGGAGAUAGCAUUCCUGCACUACUACCUCCAGCACUUGCUUCACUGAGGAUAUGUUGGUGCACAAACCGGAACCCGGAGAGCCAGGCCGGCACACCUCAUGCUGAGCGCAACGUCGAUCCUGACCAGCCGUCCUCGUACCCUGUCGCUGCGUUAGGCGGCACCUUCGAUCAUUUGCACGCCGGGCAUAAGAUUCUGCUCAGUAUGGGCGCUUGGGUAGCAGAUGAGAAGCUCAUUGUCGGGGUAACUGAUGAAGUGCUGUUGAAAGGCAAGAAAUUCCGGCACGUCAUGGAGCCCAUCAAUGUACGCACCAGUAAGGUAGAAGCUUUCCUCGCUCGCUUCAAGCCCUCACUACGAUGUGAUGCCGUUCCGAUUGCCGACGUAUAUGGACCUACCGCAACCGACCCCAACAUUCAGGCGCUGAUCGUCAGCCACGAGACCUUGAGUGGCGCUGCUUCGAUCGACAAAUUACGCGCGGAACGUAAACUGCCAGCCCUGAAGACGCUAGUCAUUGAUGUCAUCUCUCAUGAUUCUACAAAGUUGGACCCAGCGGAGGCCGAGAUCCUGAAACAGACUAAGAUGAGCAGUACCUUCAUCAGAGAAUGGAUCGCGAAGCGGUUAGAGCAACAAGACAACGAUGCGAAUGUUUAA